AUGUGGGACUAUGGCGAGGGCAAUCGGGGCCCGGAGCUGGCUGCCAUCAGCAUCGCCAUGGCCUCCGUCAGCGUCGUUGCCGUCGCACUGCGAAGCUACACCAUGGCAACCAUCCUCAAACGUUUUCUCAUCGAGGACUGGCUGGCCGUGCUCACUUGUGCUCUCCAGGUUGGCUUCUGCAUCGUCGUCGUCGUCGGAGUGUCUUUUGGCCUCGGAGCCCACGUGGACGAUGUGCCAGAGGUAAACCGACACAAGGCCCUCAUCUUCAAGUGGGCAGGCCAGGUGGCCUAUAUACUCGUGUCGACGCUGGUCAAGUUCGCCAUUGGCAUCUUCUUGCUCCGGCUCUGCGUGAACAACAACUGGCAGCGCAUCACCAUCAUCGUCCUCCUCGUCAUCGUCGGCCUGUUCAACAUCUUUUAUGUCUUUAUGGCCAUCUUUCAGUGCCAGCCUGCCGAGUUCUACUGGUGGCGGUAUACCACCAACCCCCCCGUCACGGGCAAGUGUAACGGCCAUGCCCUGGCAACGAUACCGACCUAUUUUGCCUUUUUCGUUGGCAUCUUUUCGGAUCUUACUCUGGCUCUCCUGCCGGCGACACUGAUUAAGGGUGCUCAUCUUGACAGGAGGACUAAGAUUUCUGUCUGUUGUGUCUUGGCACUUGGAUCACUGGCCUCGGUGGCAACCAUUGCUCGCAUCCCCUAUGCCAAACAACUCCUUUCCAACCCAGACUACCUCUACAACUUUACCGACCUGGCCAUCUGGAGCAUCGUCGAGUGCGGCAUCGCCAUCACCGCCUCGUCCCUGGCCACCCUCCGGCCUCUCUUCGUCAAGCUCAACUUCCUC